AUGCAGUGGCCUUCAUGGUUUCAACCGUAUGUGGAAGUACUGCUUCUGUGGAUUUCAUGGGCUAUUGAUUACAUCGAUUGGGAUUAUUUGGAAUAUCUUGCUUGGCUUUUUCUGCCAUUGUUGGUCGCUUUUUUACUACCAGUUCUUCUGCUUUUUUUGAUAUAUGGUUGUGUUCUUUUUCUUCAUAUAUAUGGGCUUCGAAAUCGUAUCCGAGAAGCAUAUGCCAGUAGUUUAUGGGAUGGUGCACGUAUAAGUAUCGCAUCGUUUUGGGAUGCUGUUGGUUAUGUUUGGCACGGCUAUGAAAUAAGAGGCUUAGAAAAUGUACCUAGUGAAGGUCCAGCUCUUUUUGUUUAUUAUCAUGGCACAUUACCUAUAGAUGUUUAUUAUGUUAUUGCUAAAUGUAUGCUUCAUAAAAAGCGUACUCUUCAUUGUGUUGGCGACAAAUUCAUUUUUAAAAUGCCUGGUUGGGGAGUGAUUUGCAAAGUUUUUUAUAUAACUCCCGGAACAGUUGAAGAUUGUAUAGCACGUUUGAAAGAUGGACACUUGAUGUGUAUUGCUCCUGGUGGUGUCCGUGAGGCAUUAUUCUCCGAUCCUAUUCGUUACAACAUAAUGUGGGCUCGGCGAUUGGGAUUUGCCAAAGUUAUUAUUGGCUGUCCUGGAACGGCUGUAAUUCCUAUGUUUACGGAGAAUUGUCGUGAUGCUUUCCGUACUCCGCGUUGUGGACGAAGUAUUUUUCGUUGGAUUUAUGAAAAAACACGAUUACCACUUUGUCCAGUUUAUGGAGGUUUUCCAGUCAAAAUGAUAACUCAUUUGGGCAAACCACUUUAUUUUUCAUCUGAUAUGAAUCCGGAAGACGUGAAAAAAGUAAUAAAAGAAGAAGUCCAUGAUUUAAUAAGAGAACAUCAAAGAUUGCCUGGAAGCAUACUACGUGGAAUUAUUCAGAGAUUUUAUGAUAAACGACGUUAUAAACAGGAUACAUUACUAAAAGAAAUUACUUGCAAUAACGUAUGCUCAAAUAACAGUGUUCUACGUGAAGAUGCUGAUAAUUCUUCUGAACCUAAUCAGUGUUCAUCUAAAGAUGUUCUAAAUUCUGAAGUAACUGCUGAGACAUCGCUCAAUGUCAAUUCAUUCCGAACAUUGGAUCUGUAG